AUGGCUCCCAAAGUGGCGCUAAAAAAGCUCGCGGCGGAACGAAAGGCAAGAAGCACAGAAGCAAAAAUUGAGAUGGAAAGAAAGCUUGCUGAAGCUGUGAAACUGCCGAUAGUUACCCACAAGCCUCCUUCCUCACAAGCGCACAAGGAGGCCCCCACUCAUGUGGAAUUACAGGUUGAAAGGAAAGGUAGCAAUAAUAAGAAGAGGAAGAUGAGUAGGGAAUCAUACAAGUUUUAUAUCUUCAAGGUGCUCAAGCAAGUCCAUCAUGAUGUGGGAAUUUCUAACAAGGCUAUGCUCAUCAUGGACAAUUUGGUCAAUGAUAUCUUUGAUAAGUUGAGCAGUGAAGCUUGCAAACUGGCCAAGUACGCCAAGAAAAACACGGUCACUUCCAGAGAGAUUCAGGCUGCUGCAAAGCUUAUGAUUCCGGGAGAACUUUGUAAGCAUGCCGUCUGUGAGGGUACCAAAGCUGUCGCCAAAUUCAUAGGCUAG